CCUCAGGCAGAAACAUUUUAGACAAAGAGCCUUGCCUGGUACGCCGGACGCCAUCAUGAAAUUUUUUACGAUUUUCUUACUCACAGCUGUCACAGGCUGUGUUGGUGCAGCUGCUGAGCAGCAAAUGUUGCAGGAUGAAAGUUAUUCUGCACGCAAAAGCAGAAUAGGUCUUGUGAACAGAAUUAGAGGUCUAGAGGACAUGGCCAGAAUGCAAGCACAACUACUUGACAAUAUGGUUGCUGAGAGACAGCAGUGGCUGGCGGAGAAGCAGUCCUUGCAGACAAGCUUUGAACACCUGAGGACGGUUUGCUCAUCAUCAAAGGUCAUCUCUUCAGACGAUAAAACAGAAAAUGAGAGCAAAGCUGUGGGUCAGACACCAGAAAUAGCAAGAGAAGCUUUUGACAACCAAAAUCAAAAGUUUGUUCGGUCGGACGACAGCGACCCUCUGGUACCGAUCGUGACCCAGCUCUCACAAAAGGUUUCCGAAAUGAGUGCCGAGCUGCAAGUCACGAAGACUGGACUGACCGAAGCUUCCACGUCUGUCUUUGUCAACUGGGGAAGCUCCACGUGUCCGGACUCUGCGGUUCUUGUCUACUCCGGCAGUGUCGGGGGGUCUCAUUAUACUUCCCUCGGGGCAGCAGCCAACUACCUGUGUCUGCCUCUCUCUGGAGUAAACUUGGUGGACAGGUCGAACUCCGACAACGCGGGGCUUUACGGAGCGGAGUUCGAGAGUCAAGACAGUCACCAAGAUAAAGAUGUUGUGUGUGCCGUGUGUCGAUCGUCACGUGCCAACAACGUGAUGAUCCCGGCGACGACUGUCUGUCCGGCUGGUUGGACCUCGGAGUACAGCGGAUGGCUGAUGGCAGGGUACCCUGGGCACAACGCUGCCUCUGAAUUCAUCUGCGUGAACUCCAAGAUGGAGGAGAGGACAGGCAGCGAGCAAAACAACAACGGGAAGCUCCUGUAUUACACGGCUACCGUGUGUGGAAGCCUGCCAUGUCCUCCUUACGUCACUGGAAAGAGGGUCACGUGUGUCGUCUGCUCCAAAUAAAAGGAAAUCAAGAAGAGACGGCCAGCAAACCUUAGCUGCCAGCUAUAUUGAGUCCCUGUUACAUGUAUGGCCGGCAUGGUUUAGUGCAUAAGUUAAUGAAUUUUGUAAACUUCUUAUUAAGCCGGUGAAAAAUGAAUAAAAAAUAUUCCGUAAUUCCUUCUCGAUUGACGUUUGUAUUACAACUGAAUGUGGCUUGUGAACUGUUGUUUAGAGGAGAAAGAAAAGGCUCAACAGCACAGUGAAUGCAGGGCUAUUUGUAAGUGGUCCACUGUGCAUAGGGUACUACGUGUGUAGAUAGCACAGUCACUUCCUUCCAGCGCCUGUUUAUACCUGGUUAAUCCGGUGCACAUUCAGUGCUGAUGGAAAAGGAUAUUUGAAUUCGAUUUAGCAUGGAUGACUGUGUGGAUCAUCCCCAACAGUAAAUUAUUUACCUGCACCAAGAAGAUGUUUUUGUAAUUUGCAAAUUUUUCUAUUGUAUUAUUUCUCCUGCCCUAGAGUAGCCUAGACGGAUCUUGUUAUUGUAUGUACUUUGCAUGCUUUUUAUGUUAAAUAAAUCUGCUUUU